GUAACAGUACCUGAUUUUACAUAGUAAUUUAAUCUGUAAUAUACCAAAAGUUAUUGUCUAUAUUUAUAUCGAGUUCAAAACCGCUCUUGCUCGAUGUUUUAAUUUUAAGACUUUAAACAAGUGAAACAGAAAUAUGACAGGAUUCUUUAAAAAUGCGUUGUUCCAUUUCAAUAAAGUUCACCACAUUGAUAAGAGUUUUGGAUUUUUCCGACGAGCAGAACCUAAAGGUUCGGUACUUGGUACACAGAACACAGGAACAAUGGCGAUUUGGACUCACCAUGAAGAUGUCCUUGGACCCGCUGGUGUAUACAAGCGGCCCUUCACAGACGACAACUACGUGGACCGGAUGAGCUAUUACUACACCAACAUGUUCCUGCUCUUCUACAUCAUGUUCUCCGUCUCCGAAGAGUGGUUCGAAUUCCCGGUCAAGUGUUUCUGUCCCAACACCUUCACGGACGAGGAGGCCAUUUAUGCCACCCACGUGUGCUGGGUGGAGAAGAUGUACUUCGUUCCGUGGAACAGUACCAUUCCGAGUGAUUACGACAUCCGACAACUGGAAAUGCAGAUCCAGUAUUACCAGUAUGUUCCAGUUGCCUGCAUGUUGAUGUCGGCGCUGUUUUAUCUACCUAGACUGAUAUGGAAGCAAUGUACAAACUCGAGUGGACUGAAGCUAAAAAAGUUGAUAGAACUGGCGAGGUCUUAUCAGCUGGAGGAUGCCAAUGUCUUGCAGUUGAAUGAACUCAAGUAUCAGUAUGGCCUCAUAACCACAGAUCCAUACAGUGACGAGCGGAGAAAGGAUGUCGUAAGGACCCUGACAGAGUAUAUAGACUUAUAUUGCUCCAAAGCUGAAUCCUAUAGGGCUGGUUUAUUUCCAAAAAUAAGGGAACGAUUUGGGACCCUGUGUUAUCUUGGAAUAGGAAGGCACUACGGGAACUUUUUUCCGGCGCUUCAAUUGGGUAUUCGCAUUCUAUACUUUCUGAACGCAUUAGGUCACCUAUGGUUUCUGAAUUCUUUCAUUGGGAAUGACUUUGCUUUCUAUGGAUAUGAAGUCGUGAAGAGAUUCUUCAACGGAGAGGAAAACUACAUUGGAACUUCACGGUUCCCAAUUGUCACGCUUUGUGAUUUGGAGAUCAGACGAAUGUUCACAUUUUACAGAUACACUAUACAGUGUGUGGUUCCAAUCAAUAUCUUCAACGAGAAGUUCUUUCUGUUUCUUUGGUGUUGGCUGGUGGUCCUGUCUGUUUGUUCUCUUUUUAACCUCUUCAUUACGUUUGUAAAGUUUGUUACCCCUUUUACGAACAUAUCGUUCUUGAAAAAAUACCUUGCAAUGAAUGGAAUUUAUUCUAGAGGCGACAAGUCGAUGAAGAUUCCCAUACUAAGGUUUUACAACCAUUUGAAGCAAGAUGGUGUUUUUAUUUUACGCCUGUUAGCAAAGACAACGAAUACAGUUGUGGUAUUUGAAGUUGUCAGAGAAUUAUGGGAAAAAUUUCGGGAGAGAGAACUAGACGAGUUUGACACAAAAGUAGAGAAAAAUAAUAACAUGAAAUUUCCCCACGUGAAUGGCGUCGUUCGAUUCCAAAAUACGGUCAUACAUAACGGAUAUGGAUUGCUUGCGCAUUGCUCAGAAAGAGAUCUGGUCAGGAGAUUUCCACGGGAAACUUUAGUUUAAAGCACCGAAUUCC